GUUCUCCGUACGAGUAUUCCUGUUAAUACCGAAAAGUACGCAACCCGAGAAAGAGGUGCAAGAACUCACGCCACCUCUGUAGGUAGUGUGGUCGAAGAACAAAGAACACGUUCGUGCGCACAUGUUCUUGUCGUUCGAGACUCUAAGAACGGAGCACGAGAACAAUGGGAAAGGCGACCUCGAACACACUCUAAAAGUAAUCUCACUCGGCACACCUCGGUCGAUUAGAUCUUGAUGAACGAGAAUAGCCGAGUGGUCCCCUUGUAGUGCAUUUAGUCGAAUCCCUUCCAAAGCUACAAAAGCAACCAAAGCAACAUUUUACUAUAUAAAGUUAUACAAAUAUGAUUUAUGAUGGUAUUUUAUCCUCAAGCUUUGGACUGCUGUACAUUUUGGUUUUAGAUUUGAGUCCUAUUUUUGUAGAUUUCGGUUAAUUCUGUGAAUUUCGGUUAUUUGUGUUACCCGUACUGAAUUUAUUAAUGAUUACAAGUCAUGUGAACGCUUUAUCAAAUGGACCACCUUGUCAAUUAGGCAAUAAGCUUCUUAUUAACAUGGAUGCAAUCAAUAGGAGGGUCAGGUGCUCUAUUGACAGAUAAAGUGUAUGACAGGAAUGUAAACAUUAAGGAAAUAAUAUUUUUUAUAUGAAACGAGGUAGGAUCAAUGGAUCCUUUUCCCGAAAGAAGGCAAAUUAUGAAUGAUUCCUUCGAGUCGGUAACCGUGGUGGAUGUGUAUGAUCAGGCCGCUGGAAUUGGGAAAGAAUUCGAAAAACUGAUCGAAAACUAUGGGGUGGAAGCUGUGACAGAUUUGAUGCCAAAAGUGAUAAAAGCCUUGGAGCAAUUAGAGAGUCUUGCAGGGAGAUACGAGAAGGAGAGCAGUGAAAUAUCAGAACUCAGAUACACUAUUGAUAAACUGGAAAACGAGAAACAAGAGAGGACACAAGAGAGACAACGUUAUGAAGAAGAGCUUCUGCAGAUUGAGGAAAAUUGGCAGACUGAGACAAAGGAUUUGUUAAAGGCUGUAUCUAACCUACAGGAAGAGAACAGACGCCUACACGGCAGACUGGUAGACACAAAACAAUCAGUGGCAGAGGAGGUGGCAGCUGUUACAAAGCAAACUGAGGAAAAAGAAAUUGAAGUAUUAACUAAACUUAAGGAAACAGUAGACAAGCAACGAGAGGAAUUGAGGAAAUUCAAAACAGAAAUAAAACACAGAACAGCUGACUGUGAUGCACUACAGAGCCAGCUAGAUCAGAUUGUAAAGGUCAAUACCGACCUAAGGAGAAGUAACAGCAUACAGAAAAAGCAGGCCCACACAUUACUAGAAGAGAAGAGUGAACUAGAGGCCCAGCUGACAGACAAAGAACAGCAGAUCACAAAGAUUACUCAAUUCAUCAAAGAAAAGGAAGAAACUCAAACACAAAAAACCACACCAAAACCUCCUCAUCCCUCCCUGGAAGUGGAGGAGGAUGAAUCUACAGUGCUAAAUGAAGAAGGUGCCACACAAUACUCAGAAACAGCCCAAUAUCCUCCUGGGGCGCCACCGGUCGGGGAGGAUCCAAAACAAGAGGACGGUGAAAACAUGGGCCACAUCGAGGACAAGCUUAGCAUGAUAGGCAAAAUGGUCAUUGACAUGAAAGACCCUGACCGACCUAGAUUUACAAUGAAGGAACUGAAGACUGUUCUAAUGGAGCGGAAUGAGCUGAAGGCCAAGCUUAUAGAGGUGGAGGAGGAGCUCGUAGCUUUCAAGCCAAAAUCAACCGGACACAAAGUUUCCAGAAAGGACACUAAUUCAAGUGCUGACAUUGAAUACCAAGGGGAGGAUCUACCAGUGGAGGGUCCAAUAAACAAAGAGCCCGAGGAGAAAAUUUAUCCUGGACAAAGAAAACCCUCAGGAAUCCGCAAAUUUUUUGAUUCUCUUUUUGGAUCCUCAUCCUCAAGAAACCGUUCAAGCAGUGAAAUCUGCUGACAAGCACUUGAUGUAAAUGAAGAAUAUUUCUGUGAUGUUCAACUCAAUAUGGCAGCCUCCUGGUCAACAUUUCUGCAUGAAAAACAAUCAUAUCCAUGGACUAUUUAUUAUUAGUAUGUUGCCAAGGAAAUGUUCUGAUGCAUCAUGGGACCAAAAGAGGAUUUGUUUGUCAUAUCUGUUAAACUCAUCAUGUGAUAUUAUUUUUUAAAUUCAUGAUUGUCAGCAAAUUGACUUGUGCAACUUCAGCUUAUAGGAGAAUUUUUAACUAAUUACAUGUAUUAUCUGUAUUUAAUUUAUAGGGUGAAGAGUUUUAGUAUAUAAAUAUAUAUAUAUACAUAUAUAUAUAAUCUACGUAUCCAAAUUGAAUCAAAAUACGAGCACUGAAAAUUAUUUUUUUCCAUAUGUAUCAUUAUGUCAUCUGAUAGUGAAUGUAUUGACGUUAGGCACACUUUUAAUCUUUAGUUUUCCUCUGUUUGAUAAAAUAUUAUUGACAUAUGCAUAUAUAUAUGGCAUGUGAAUUUCCCGAAAAUGAGAAAAACAUAGUUUCGCAUUUGUCAAACUAUGUUUAUCAGGUGGAAACUAAUUGUUUAUCAAUAUUUUAUAGAGCGAUUAUUAUAGCUAAUGGUGUGUAAACUAUAGUUUACAACUGAUAAACCAGCUUAUUAAAUGUGAACCUAUAUUAACUUUGAAACUAUAUAUAUAUACUUAUCAAAUGCAAAUUCAAGUUUAUAAAAUUUAAAGAACAUGUUCAGGAUUAUUUUUAUUGAUAAAUGUUACUUAUGAGUCGUUAGCAGUCUUUAACUAUAAUUUAUAGUCAUAAAACUGUAUUAGUAUAUAUCAGAUAAACCAUGUUUGUGUAGUCACAACUGUAUUUGUAGUGAUAACAACAGCCUUGAACCAUAGUUUAGAAUCAGAAACUAUAAUUAACAUCUGUUAACUAUAGUUUUGAAUUCCUGACUAAAGUUAACAAAACAUGGAACUUGAUUUAUCAGACAAACUAUAUUGAACACUUAUUAAUCAAAGUUUUCUAUGUUAAGUAUAGUUUAAAAAUAUCAAAUGUAGAUUAUAAUUUUUAACUAUAAUUAACACUCUGUAAACUAUACUUUACACCUGAUAAGCAUAGUUUAACAAAUGUGAAACCAAGUUUCUCUCAUUUUUGUGAAAUUGGCAUGCCAUAUACACAUGUAUUCAUUCUAGACCCGUUUUAAUCUAAACUUUCAGAUUAACAAUUUCAAUAUGAAUAUUAUGCUCAUGCAAUAUCCAUACAAACUUCAAACACUGCACCAAAAAUGGAAAACAUUUAGAUUAUUUACUAUUACAUGUACAAGGGUAUGUGGCAUUAUAUAAAUUUUUUGUAAUGGCAAUAAUUAGGUUUACUGGCUAUCUAAUCAGACCCCUAUUCUGGCCUUGAUUUUGAUCUAUCUGCCAUAUUCUUUUAGUCACAAAUACAUGCAUUUCUCAUUUCUUUUAAAUGGACAAAAUUGCAGUUAUUCUUAUUAAAGCUCUUUGGCUUCAGAAAGUAUGGGCUGAAUACAUAAACUAAGAUCAAAUUAAGAUAUGUUAAGUGUUAUAGCUCCGUGUCACAUAUGACAUUGGUCGAUAGAUGUAUGUGACCCACGAUUUCCAUUAAAAAAUAUUGCCCAAAAAGUUGGCAUUGUAAAAUUUGUGGCAUCAUAUUUUAGAAUUGGAAAAUUUGUCAUUUCAUACUAUUUCAACAUGGAAAAUUCUUGUUGAAUUAUACUGUUGUUGAAUUUUUUUAUAUGCAUACUAAAUGAUGUAGUUUGAAUUUGUAAAAUGUAAUUUUCAUGAAUACUUGAUAAAUUACAGAGAAAAUGGGUAAUUUGAUAUCUUUGAUCUAGAUCUAAUUAAGACAGAUGGCAAAGUAGAAUUUCUAACACAUUACAGAGUACAAAUACAAUGUAUUACAAUUAAGCCUACAGUACAUCUCAGAUGAACUAAAUGUAUUACAAUUAAGCCUACAGUACAUCUCAGAUGAACUAAAUGUAUUACAAUUAAGCCUACAGUACAUCUCAGAUGAACUAAAUGUAUUACAAUUAAGCCUACAGGACAUCUCAGAUGAACUAAAUGUAUUACAAUUAAGCCUACAGGACAUCUCAGAUGAACUAAAUGUAUUACAAUUAAGCCUACAGUACAUCUCAGAUGAACUAAAUGUAUUACAAUUAAGCCUACAGGACAUCUCAGAUGAACUAAAUGUAUUACAAUUAAGCCUACAGGACAUCUCAGAUGAACUAAAUGUAUUACAAUUAAGCCUACAGGACAUCUCAGAUGAACUAAAUGUAUUACAAUUAAGCCUACAGGACAUCUCAGAUGAACUAAAUGUAUUACAAUUAAGCCUACAGGACAUAUCAGAUGAACUAAAUGUGUUACAAUUAAGCCUACAGGACAUCUCAGAUGAACUAAAUGUGUUACAAUUAAGCCUACAGUACAUCUCAGAUGAACUAAAUGUAUUACAAUUAAGCCUACAGGACAUCUCAGAUGAACUAAAUGUAUUACAAUUAAGCCUACAGGACAUCUCAGAUGAACUACAGGACAUUUCAGAUGAACUAAAUGUAUUACAAUUAAGCCUACAGUACAUCUCAGAUGAACUAAAUGUAUUACAAUUAAGCCUACAGGACAUCUCAGAUGAACUAAAGAGUGAUAUUCGUACAUUCCAAUAUAAGGUUUCGUUAUGUUGUGACAAGUUCGAAAUUUUAAUUUAAAAAGAUUUUGUGUAAAAACUUGAAAGCAUGAAAAUUUUAAUCUUUCAGCUUUUUAGAUGUUACACUGGACUUUGGGUAUUUCAAUAUUGAAAUACUAUUACAAUUCAGAAUAGAAUAUGGAUGCACAAAAUAUUUACAUAGGGAUUCUGUUCAUUGUACUUUGUAUGUAUGUCCAAAUUUUCCUCCAGGAAAUAUUGAAAUCAAGGAUUGUUCCAUAACAAAGCCCCAUGUUUUUUUGUUAGUUUAAUUUACAUUAAGUGCUUUAGUGUGUAUACAACAUCACGUGUAAAAUAUGUGGUUGUUGUGUUCGUGUGGAAGUUUGUGCUAAAAAAGAACAUGUAUGCACUUGCUAAUGUUAACUAUAAUUAGCUUAACAUUUUAUUGUAUUGAAAAUGUUAGAAUUUCAAUAUAGUGUGUAUAAUGUCAUCGUAAAAUAUGUGGUUGUUGUGUUUGUGUGAAAGUUUGUGCUAAAAAAUUUGCAUGCACUCGCUAAUUAAUUUGUUUAACAUUUUAUUAUAUUAUGUAGUAAAAUGUUAAAAUUUCACUUACAUUUAAUUUUAUAUAUGCUUUAUUAUUUGACAAUGGAAGCAAUGUGAAUUGAAAAAAAAUAUACAUUAUAUUAAAUUUUGGUUGUAUGCUGAAGAGCUCCCACAAGUGAGAGAAAAUAAUCAGUAGUUUUCGUUCAUUGUCCUGUCCUGUUUAUAAGUUAUAUUCCCUACUAAUUUUCUCUGCUGCUGGUUUUUAUAUUUUCAAUGCAUUUAUAGAUGUAAAAAAAAUUUAAAAAAAGCUGAAGUACCAUCAAAUUAUUUCUGCAAAGAACCAUAUAAGUCAUGAAGCCAAUGAGAUUUGAAAUACAUAUGUAUAUUUGGACUAAUAGAUUGAUGCAAAAUAUACAGCAGCCUGGGCUGCAAUCAGUGUAGUAUUGACAUAUCAUUCUCCAAGCCAGUGUAACAACUCUUCUGUAACCAGAUCAUACCUUAUACAAUGUUUUGAAUACCAUUUAUUAUUUCAACACAAGGGUGUAUUAUAUAAUUAUAAGAUCACAAAUCAAUAACUGAACUUUUUAAUUGUUGUUAUCUAAUGUCAUUGACACAAAUUUGUGAAAAUAUCAAUUUUAAUAUUUGUUGUCUUUUAAAGAUACAUAAUUAUGUCCUAAAGGACACGAGAAAUUUAGACAGACAAUAACCAGAGCAUUACUCCACUAAAUGCUUCUAACUGUGAUUAGGUUUAGAAGAAUUAUAACUGCAAAUCCUGAAUCAGUUUACUUUGAUAUGAGUUCAUUUGUUAUAUGAUUUGUUUUAUUGUUGAAUUUUUGUUAUGAUACUAUUAUGUUGCAGUAAAUUUUAACCUAGUCCCAAUAUGUUUUAACUAAGAAACAUAGUUCAUUGUCAGAUCUUGAGGCAGUGUUGUUAUGGGGUUGCGACCUCCCUUUGGUUGAACAUUUUAGGGUCUUCAUUCCCUUGUUUUGGGGUGGAGGAGAUAUCAUAAUGGGUCACAACAACGUCGCCUUGAAAAUAACUCACACGUGCUUAAACAUGUCAAAUUACACAUACUUGCCAUAUUUUGUGGGUAACUUCAGAAAGUUUUCAGUAUAUGAGACAAUUUGAACCACAAUCAAAAUGAAUGAAAAUCUUUGCCUUUUCUUUGAAAUUAAAGUUUUGUCAUUUUGACAGAUCAAGUACUCUGUCAAAGAUUGAAAGUAAAAUCAUGUUGCUCCUUAAAUUUUGCAUUUUACAUUCUAUAAAAAAUUGAAAGUUAUAUCAGAGACACUAAUGAUCUAGAUCUAUUAGAAAUGUAAUAUUUAGAAAUUACUUUUUUUUUCUUCUCUAUUUGAAAAUGAAGUAUGAUAUAUUUCAUAGAUGAAAGAAAUUAAGUACCAUUUUACAAAAGUUCAAGCCCUUCUAGAACUUUCAAGUAAAAUAAAAUGUGUCCUAUAGCCUCCAAAUUCUUAGACUAAUUAUUUAUUAUGUAUGCAGUUUAGUUGACUACUGUUUUCCACUAUACAAAUGUAUAUUUUUGAAAAAAAACUUAACCUUUUUGUAGUUUAGUCACAACUGAAGAUAAUGUUAUUUUCCAUUCCCGAUUUUGUUUAAAGCAUUCUUUAACUCAAAUAAUGAGGCUGUUUUAUAUGUGCUUGAGAUCACAUAUUUGCACAAAUUCAUUAGGGGAUGAGUGUUGUGUCAAAAUUAUGUCAUUCCAUUUUAUGUAAAGAAGAAUACCUCAUAGAUUACAUAAAAAUUAUAUAUUUUAUAAUACACUGGAUAGCAUUCAUGACUUAUGUUUCAAUUAUCUUAGAAUAAAGUAAAUAGAGUGUAAACUCAGUUAUAA